ACGGUGUUGGUUAGUGCUUGAGAAAUUGGUUUAAUCUUGAUGGCAUUUGGAGCCAAGUACGAGAUUGAGAAAUUUAAUGGUGGCAAAAAUUUCAACUUAUGGAGGUUAAAGAUGCGGGCCAUGCUAAUACAGCAGGGGCUGUGGAAAGCACUAGAAAGGGAAGCUAGGCUACCGAAAACUCUACCAAAGGAAGAUAAGAUAGACUUGAAGGAGCGGGCGCUGAGUGCAAUUCAGCUCUCACUUUCGGAUGAAGUCUUGGGGGAGGUUGCAGAAGAAAAUUCAGCUUCUGCAUUAUGUAGAGAUCAACUCUCUAUGGAAGAUGUCAAGGUGGCCCUAAAUUCAAGAGAAUUGAAGAAGAAGGUGUCCGGAGACAAGAGUGGCGAUCAAGCAGCAGGAUUGGUCAUAAGAGGUAGACAAAAUAACAGAACUUUCAACAAGCAAGGAAAGUCUCGAUCCAAAUCGAGAGCCAAGCAUGCUCGAUGUUACGAGUGCAAUGAGACGGGACAUUUCAAGAAAAAUUGUCCCAAACUCAAGGAGAAGAAAGCUGAAAAAUUCGGUGAUGCCAACAUUGCCAAUUGCAGUGAUAAUUUAGAUGAUGAAGAUUGUGUUCUAUCUAUCUCUACAAACUCCUUCGCCACUAGCACGGUGAUUCUUGGUGAUGAUACAGCGUUGCCUAUUGUUGGAAUUGGCAACAUCCGAAUCAAGAUGUAUGAUGGGAUGGUCAGAACAUUUGAGGUUCGUCAUGUGCCGGGUUUGAAGAAAAAUCUCAUUUCCAUGAGUGAGCUUGACUCCGAGGGCUGCCGAUACUCUUGUGAAGGUGGAGUUUUCAAAGUCUUUAAAAGAACUCUCGUAAUAUUGAAAGGGAAGAAAGUUGGUGGUCUUUAUCACUUACAAGGAAGCACAGUCAAUGGCACAUGUGCUGUGUCAACUUCAAGCAGUCUAGAUAAAGAUGUAACUCGGUUAUGGCAUUUGCGACUUGGGCAUAUGAGUGAAAGAGGGAUGAUGGAGCUGAGCAAGCGGGGUCUUUUGUGUGGCCAGAAAAUUGGCAAGCUAGACUUUUGUGAGCACUGUGUUUAUGGCAAGCAAUGCAAGUUGCAGUUUGGCAAAGGAGUUCAUCAAACUCAAGGCACAGUUGAUUACAUUCACUCAGACUUGUGGGGUCCCUCGCCUGUGGCAUCAAAAGGUGGAGCUAUGUAUAUGUUGACUUUCAUCGAUGAUUAUUCAAGUAAGGUGUGGGUAUACACCUUAAAGAGUAAGAGUGACGUGUUCCUCACCUUUAAGCAGUGGAAGACACUGAUUGAGAAGCAGACUGGAAAACAAAUCAAGCGUCUAAGAACAGAUAAUGGUCUUGAGUACUGCAGUGGUGAGUUUGAUACUUUUUGCAAGAAUAAUGGAAUUGUGAGACAUCGCACUGUCAGGAUGACAUCACAGCAAAAUGUUAUUGCAGAAAGGAUGAAUCGUACACUCUUGGAGAGGGCACGGUGUAUGCUCUCAAGUGCUAGAUUAUCAAAGGACUUUUGGGCAGAAGCUGUCAAUCAUGCUAGCUAUCUUGUAAAUCGGUCUCCAUCCACAACAAUUGGAUUAAAGACUCCAGAAGAAUUAUGGGAUGGUAAACUUGAGCCAAGGGCAGUGAAGUGCAUAUUUUUACGGUACGCUUCCGGGGUAAAAGGUUAUAGACUGUGGUGUGUUCAGAAGUCACCUCGGUUCCUCAUGAGUAGAGAUGUAACCUUUGAUGAGUUUGCUAUGCUCCAAAAAGCAAAAGGGAGUCAACAAUUGCAAAGCCAGACCAUGGAGUUAGCAAGCAGACAAAGAAGGGAGACCAAACCACCUCAAAGAUAUGGCUAUACAGAUUAUGUUGCCUAUGCUCUAUCAAUUACAAAACCAGUGGAGGCUGAGGAUCCCAACACUUAUCGGGAAGCAAUUACCAGUAAAGAAUCUCCUUAUUGGCUUGCUGCCAUGACAAAAGAGAUUGAGUCUUUACAUAAGAACCAGACAUGGAAGCUUGUGAUGCCACCAAAGGGACAAAGAAUUGUUGGAUGCAAAUGGGUCUUCAAGAGAAAAGAAGGAAUCCCAGGGGUAGAAACACCCAGAUUCAAGGCCAGAUUGGUUGCGAAGGGUUCCACACAACGAGAGGGUAUUGAUUUCCAUGAGGUAUUCUCUCCUGUGGUGAAACACAGCUCUAUCCGUGUUUUACUUGCCAUGGUUACUUUAUAUGAUCUUGAGUUAGAGCAGCUUGAUGUAAAGAUUGCUUUCUUGCAUGAAAUCCUUAUAUGGAUUGAAGCAGUCGCCUCGGCAAUGCUUGGAGAUGGUUCUUGGGUUUACUUGCUGUUGUACAUUGAUGACAUGCUUAUUGCUGCCAAAAGCAUGUUAAUCAUUGAUGAUUUGAAGAAGCAGCUUAGUGGUGAGUUUGAGAUGAAAGACUUGGGUGCAGCUAAGAAGAUCUUAGGAAUGGAGAUUCACAGUGACCGCAAGGGAGGUAAAUUGUUUCUCUCUCAAAAGAAGGACAUUGAAAAAGUACUUGAGCGGUUUGGCUUACAUGAAGCUAAGGCUGUGACUACUCCUUUGGGAACACAUUUUAAGCUUUCAUCAAAUUUGUCACCAAAAACGGAGGAGGAGGAGAAGUUUAUGGCAUGUGUUCCUUAUGCGAGUGCUGUUGGGAGCUUAAUGUAUGCUAUGGUAUGUACUCGUCCUGAUAUCUCACAUGCAGUUAGUGUGGUUAGUCAGUAUAUGGCUAAUCCGGGUAAAAGACACUGGGAAGUUGUGAAGUGGAUCCUUCGGAGAUCAACUACAGGAUAUGUCUUUACUCUCUCAAGGUGUGCCAUUAGUUGGAAAGCUACAUUGCAAUCAAUAGUCGCCUUGUCAACAAUUGAGGCAGAAUACAUAGCAAUUACUGAGGCAGUAAAGGAAGCAUUAUGGCUAAAGGGUUUGGUCAGUGAUCUCGGGGUAGAACAAAAUGAGAUGAUGGUGUUUUGUGAUAGUCAAAGUGCCAUUCACUUGACGAAAAACACCAUGUACCACGAGAGAACCAAACAUAUUCAAGUUCAGUAUCACUUUGUCCGGGAGGUUAUAUCGAAUGGAGAUGUGCUCGUUGAAAAGAUAUCAACUGACGAGAAUCCUACGGAUAUGAUGACAAAGCCGGUAAGUGGAAUCAAGUUCAAGCAUUGCUUGGACUUGAUUAGUGUCCAAAGUGCUUAAUGCCCCUCGAGGCAUUGUAGCAUCAAGGGAAUGAAGCUAUUGGUCCUUAAUCUUAUUUUUCGAAUGCUCGCCAAGGUGGAGAUUGUUGUGGCAUGUGGGUUUUGCAUGAUGGUUGAAAAAAGCAUGAAAAUUUCA